UACAUAUGACUAAAUUGAACGUCCUUUCUAUCUGUUUGCGUUUAUUUGAUCCCAACACAGCUCAAUGCAUCAGGAAAGACCGUACAUAUGGAAGACACGUUCGCGGACAUCUUGGGAAGAUUAAUGAAUCCAUAUAAAUAUUUCACCACCAUCCACACCGCUCAGUGUCGCAACCAACUUUUGCUUGAACGCAUAAUUCACAAUGGGCUUAACAACUUCGUCGAUCGUUUUCAUCAUUCUAAGUCUCACGGCAGUGGUACGAUGUGACCUUCCGCAUUAUGCCAAGGCUAAAAGCUUUAUCACAGCCUUGUACGAAUGUGGCGAAUACCUCGAGACCGACAACGUCACUCUGGAUCAGUACAUCUACUACGGCUAUCCCAGCGUUCCGGAAAUGAAACGUCUAGUCCACUGUGCGAUGGUGAACGUUGGCGCUUGGAACGAUAAUAUUGGCGUGCGGCAGAACGUGAUCAGCUACUACUUCAAACCGAACGCGAUGGAUUCCGAAUAUGUUGAACGAACGCAGUGCUGUUUGGAUAAGAUUUGCGUGGCUGAAUCGUGCGAUCAGAAUAAUCGAGCGUUCGAAACAUUCAGCUGUUACUACCGUCAGUAUGGCCGCCUGAUCAAAGAUGAAGUUUUCGUUCCUCUGGAGUCUUUGGAGUUCAUUCAGUUGUUCAGUUUUAUAAAGCUGGCUCUGGAUAUUUGCCCUGAAAAGCUAGCUCAAUUUGCUCGAGGAGAUUUUCUGGACGAUCCGUUGUUCAAACCCGUACUUUUCAUCGUGUCUCUGCGAUUUGGAGGAUUCAGCUGGGAAAAUGGAUUAUUGCUCGAUGUUUUCUAUCAACAAUUUGGCGUUUCAAAGCUGAUCUCGCCGUGUACGAAGAAGUGCGUUGCGGACGUAUCCGCUCGAUACUGCACUGUCGAUAAGCAAGAGCUGGUUUAUCAAGUCUACAAACAGUGUUUGCACACGCUUUUAGAUUCGUCUCUCCAAACAGCGUUCCAGGCAAUGUUGAGUGAUUCACCUUGUGUUCAAGUAGGAUUCACACUAUAAACCGAAUAUGUGAUGUGAUGUGAUGUUGAUUAAAUUUAUAGAUGUUAGCA